AUGAAUCUUCAAAGGUUCGCGGCGCUUCCGAAUGCCUUGAAGCCGGGCAUCUUGGUCACGAUCCUCUUCUCCAUGAUUCUGACAAGUGCGGCUCAUGUUAAGGAAGGCGAGACCCUGGGAGGGGGAUGGUUCUUCUGGCUUACCAUCGUGUUCCAAUUCGUGUUCAUGAUCGUGGUAUGUAUUCUGUUCAUGUUUGAAGCAGAACAGUUCCUCACAAUGGGCAGAGACGCCUGGCCAGUUUUGGUAAGCUUUCAUUUUUUGAGCCCUUAAGUGUUUGAGCAAUAUUUGAUUUUAAAUUACAGGAGAUGGGAUACUCAGCAGCUUUCUUUGGGAGUACCGUAAUCGACGUUUUCAUUGUUAUGCGAUGGGUCAAUGCAGGAACAAAUUACACAUUUGUAGCCGCCGUGGUAAGUAGUACAGUUAGUUCGAUGGACUUUAGUCCUAUAUUCACUAAUUAAACAUUAUCUGAGUAACUGACAUAAUUUAGUUCUGUCUGAUUCUUUUGGCACUGUUUCACGCCGCCUCCGGCGCUCUAAUGUAUAAGAUCUGGCGAGGAAUGGUAAGAUCGGGCACUACUCAAAACCCUACAAGCCAACACGUUCAGCCAGGUGACAUUGGCAACAUGCAUCCAGGAGUCUGA